UAUAUACAUAUUCUAUUCAUAUUCCCACCCACCUUUUUACUAUACCACCAUUGAUCCAUCUAUAUAACAAUAAACUGUGUCAAACAUUUGAAAUGCUCUCACACAUACUUCUUGAUCCAACUUUUCUGAUAACAAAAUAUGAUGACAGAUCAUCAGAGAAUUCACCCUGCUAGUGAUUUGGAGUCACAAACCAAACCUACAGUUCCUUUGAUUCCUAGAAACACUUCAAAAUCCGAUCGACGCAGUCCCUCAUAUCCACCUCUUCCGAAACGCCACUUUCCAGUUAGACAUACUCAUCCACCAAAGAAGAAAAGAAGUUGCUGCUGCAGGUUUUUUUGUUGUACCUUCACCAUAUUGCUGAUUCUUAUAAUUGCAAUUGGCAUCACUGUUGGGGCACUCUACCUUGCUUUUAGGCCAAAACUUCCCAAAUACUCAGUCGACAGACUCAGAAUAACACAGUUCAAUCUUUCCGACGACAACAGUCUCUUUGUUACUUUCAAUGUAACAGUAACUGCAAGAAACCCAAACAAAAAGAUUGGAAUAUACUAUGUAAGUGGAAGCCAUAUAAGUGCUUGGUAUAAAGAAACAGGACUGUGUGAAGGGUCUCUGCCGAAAUUCUAUCAAGGUCAUCGGAAUACAACCGUGCUUAACCUGCCUUUAACAGGUCAAACACAAGAUGCAACUGGUUUAUUUAAUACGUUGCAGCAGCAGCUUCAAGAAGCAGGUAAUAUACCACUUGAUAUUAAGGUUAAUCAGAAUGUGAGGGUUAAACUUGGUAAGUUGAAGAUCUUUAGAGUCAAGUUUCGUGUUAGGUGCAGCCUUCAGGUGGAUAGCCUUGGUGCUGAUAAUGAUAUUAGUAUUUCAGAUAGUAGAUGUAAGUUCAGGCUCAGGCUAUGAUUUCAUUUGUAUUAUAGUUGUAAUAUUAAUAUUAAUAUUUGUUUGGAUCGUUUUUGGUACUUUUUUUAUGAUGAUUUAGUUUUUUAUAAUAAAGGGAUGGAGGAUUAGGUGUUCGAUCAGCCCUUUGAGAUGCAUACUGUUCUUCUUGUACUUUGAUUCUAUUCUUUGAGCCACUUCUCGCUCAAAUUAUGUAUAGCUAUAUGAUAUAUAUUAUUUGUUCAAUCGCAA